AUGCCGAACGCGGUAACGCAGAUGCUCACCGAAGUGCGUACGGAAUAUGUUAUUGGUACCGCCAUCUUCGUGAUCCGAUUGUUUUGCAAAUGGAAAACGAGAAAAUGGUGGUGGGAUGAUGCAUUCGCCGUGUCAGCCUGGGUCUGGUUCACUUUGCUGUACUCAAUGGAAGAGUAUCUCGUCUUGGUCGGCGCCCCUGCAGCGAUGGACCAGGCCAUGCGAGAAUCGUUCACUGACGAGCAGCGCGAAAACUUGAGGAAAGGGGGCAUCGCGAUGUUCGCAUCCUUCUAUCUCCUCAUACUCCUGACUUGGAGUUUCAAAGGCAUGCUCAUCGCCAUGUUCCUCCGACUCACAGGUGAAUUGGCGAUCCAUCGAUAUGUCAAGAUCGUGGCCGGCGUCUCACUGACAACUUUGAUUGCUGCACUAUUGACUGAGACUCUCCAUUGCCUUCCGAUCGAACGAAACUGGCAGAUUCUUCCUGACCCGGGGAUCGAAUGUUCUGCUGGUGUCAACACCAAUAUCGUCAUAGCUGUUGGUAAUGUCCUUACUGAUGUGCUACUUCUUGCUGUACCUCCUAUUAUCAUGAGGAACCUUAGGAUGCCACUUUGGAGGAAACUUCGCAUCCUCUUCCUUCUUUCGCUUGGACUCUUCGUCAUUGGAAUGAGUCUUGCUCGCUGCAUCAUGACCGUUGGAAAUCCGAAAACCGUCAACACCAGCUCCAUGUGGGCUCAGCGAGAAGCAAUUGUAACCAUCUUCGCCGUGAACGCGCCGAGCCUCAACGUCCUAUUCAAGCGCGAGACGUGGUCAACCCAUCGCAGCAGUUCUGGCUACAUCAGAGAUACAAGUGGCAGCGACAAGAAAAAGCCGGCAAGAUUUGAAGCAUACACGAUGACCAAUUUUGAGACAAGUAGUAAAGGAAGUACGUCCGAUCUUGUCAAACCCAACCGAGUCGCUGGUGUAGAGACACAUAUCAGCCGCAAUGCCACCGAGGUGUAG